CCAUCGCUGCAGCCCGCGCGGCGCUGGGACGCGGAUGGCCCGGCAGUAGCCGGCGCGCCGGAGAGCUCGCGGCAUGCAGGCGCUCAACAUCACCCCGGAGCAGUUCUCCCGCCUGCUGCGGGGCCACAACCUGACGCGGGAGCAGUUCAUCGCGCUGUACGGGCUGCGGCCGCUCGUCUACACCCCAGAGCUGCCCGGGAGCGCUAAGCGGGCCUUCGUGUUCACCAGCGUGCUCAUCUUCGCCCUGGCGCUCUUUGGCAACGCUCUGGUGGUCUACGUGGUGACCCGCAGCAAGGCCAUGCGCACGGUCACCAACAUCUUCAUCUGCUCCUUGGCGCUCAGCGACCUGCUCAUCACGUUUUUCUGCAUCCCAGUCACGAUGCUCCAGAACAUCUCUGACAACUGGCUAGGGGGGGCCUUCAUUUGCAAAAUGGUGCCAUUUGUCCAGUCAACUGCUGUUGUAACAGAAAUUCUCACUAUGACCUGCAUUGCUGUGGAAAGGCACCAAGGACUCGUGCAUCCUUUUAAAAUGAAGUGGCAGUACACCAACCGAAGGGCAUUCACAAUGCUAGGUGUGGUCUGGCUGGUGGCAGUCAUCGUGGGAUCACCCAUGUGGCACGUGCAACGACUUGAGAUUAAGUAUGACUUCUUGUAUGAAAAAGAACACAUCUGCUGCUUGGAAGAGUGGACCAGCCCUGUGCACCAGAAAAUCUACACCACCUUUAUCCUUGUCAUCCUCUUCCUCCUACCUCUUAUGGUGAUGCUUAUCCUGUACAGUAAAAUCGGUUAUGAACUUUGGAUAAAGAAAAGAGUGGGGGAUGCUUCCGUGCUUCGAACUAUUCAUGGAAAGGAAAUGUCCAAAAUAGCCAGGAAGAAGAAGCGAGCUGUCAUUAUGAUGGUGACGGUGGUAGCUUUAUUUGCUGUGUGCUGGGCUCCAUUCCAUGUCGUUCAUAUGAUGAUUGAAUACAGUGAUUUUGAAAAGGAAUAUGAUGAUGUCACAAUCAAGAUGAUUUUUGCUAUAGUGCAAAUCAUUGGAUUUUCUAACUCCAUCUGUAAUCCCAUUGUCUAUGCAUUUAUGAAUGAAAAUUUCAAAAAAAAUGUUUUGUCUGCAGUUUGUUAUUGUAUAGUAAAAGAAACCUUGUCUCCAGCACGAAGACAUGGAAAUUCAGGAAUUACGAUGAUGCAGAAGAAAGCGAAGUUUUCCCAGAGAGAGAACCCAGUCGAGGAAACCAAAGGAGAAGCAUUCAGUGAUGGCAACAUUGAAGUCAAAUUGUGUGAAUAGCCAGAGCGGGAAAGAAGGCUCCAAUGACAUCUUGCCCUGUUUAGUUCUGAACUCUCUGAGAAUGCUGUUUUAAGCAGUGUGCAUUAAUUGUAAUGAUGUCUUCAUAUUAAUGCGUUUCCUGUUAUAAUCUGAAGAGGAAAUUAUUUUGAGCAAAGGUCAAAUA